AUGCUCCCAAACAACGACACCAACCUCAUCCCUCUGUACACGUACGCCCUUGCAAUUUUUUCUAAGGAGCAGCGCCUCAGAAGCGAGGUGGAAAAGCGUUUCCUCGAGACUGAGGAAAAUGUGGUGGGAUUCCUCGUGACCAAUACGGGAGGUGAUGUGCAGCGUUCUUGUGCGCUUAAAAGCGAAAUCGCUCGCUUGAAGGCUCUUCGCGAUGUCAGAACCGUGCAGCAGGCUGACGAGGCAGCAUCUUCUAGUUUUGCUGGAGAAAACGCGACCAUGAAAGCCGAGAUUGCGGCAAUGGAGAAGCAGCUCACUGAGCAGUGGAGGACUCGCCGUGCCGCGAUUGCCGAGAAGUACGGAGAGGAUGUAAAGUCCUUGGAUGCACCAAAGUUGCCUUUUCUUCGAAAGAACGCUGGAAAGGUCACUGCAUACAAUAUGUUUCAAAAAAAGUUGUAUCUCGAACAAGGUCAUCGCAAACGGUAUAAGCAUGAUCGCAGCCAAAUAGGCAGCAUCAUGAGCGAAAAGGCCUCGAUGUGGAACAGUCUUAGCUGGGAAGAUAAAGCUUUCUACCAGGAAAUGGCUGACGAGCAUAACAAGCAGCAACCCGCUUCUGAGCUGCAAAAGAAAAGAAGCGCUUUUGUUAAACUGUCAGGUUACCUUACCCGUAACUUGACAAUGUUGAGAGAAGAAUGUGGUGUGGAAGGAAUCUGUUUUGUCGCACCAUGCAACAUUAACAACGCUAUUCAACCCGAUCAGGAUGGAUAUGGCUCUGAUGGCGGGAUGCACUUCUGGAGCUUGAUGCAAGCAGAAGCAAUUGAUUUGAAUGGGAAAAAUUUCAGUCACCAUUUCAAAGAUCAAAUGCUUCAAUACAACAAACAGCUUGCUGCGUCCAAGAAUGAUACUUCCACCCAACAACCCUCCUCUUCUUCCUCUUCCUCCGCAUCCGCAUCCGCAUCCGAUAGCACUGCUGCUCCUAAAUACCGACAAGCAAUAUUUGAGAAUUACCAAGUUGCUCUCCCAGAAGGAAGAAAAAUGGCAUGGCAAGACAAAGCAAUGUAUCGCGAUAUUGUCAUGUCAGGCUGGCCUGAAGGAACCGAACGCGUCAACCCCAGCCGUUUACUGCAGCAUGAACGAGAUGAAAUCGAGCGUCGGCUGAAUUCGGGUGAGCUCAAGUUUGUGAAGGCGCCACAACAGCAGCGACAACAUGAUUAA